AUGGCCUCGCCGUUCAACACCAAACCGUCCGCGGUCUCGCACACUCCGCCCAGCAAUGCGUCAACCAGACUGGAGAAAGCUCACCCUGGACUCCGCCGUUCUACCCCAGACUCUGAAGCCCUCGCGUCUUCUGAUGACGAUGGGGAGCAUCCGUUGCCCGCGCCUUCUACGACUGUGCCUGCACAAAAGCCUGCACGUCGAACCUCCUGGCUCAACGAGAUCCCUGCUUCCAUGCCUAGAAAGACGUCAGUGACUGGCCCUCUUUCCUCUGGCGCUUCCAAUCCGACUAGUCCUGCUACUGAUCAGUCUGGAUGGCAAAACACCGCAAGCCCUGGACUGAACAGCUCUAUAACCUGGAACAACGUUGGAAACAGUUCAUUCCCAUGGGGCACCGGAAUAUGGAACACAGACUCACGUAAAGAACCUCCUCCUCGGCUCUCGGAGAUGGUUCCGUCUCCCACAACGUCCAUCCCGUCCACCGCAAGCAAUUACUUGACUGAAGAGCUCCUGAGCCCAACCGCUCGGACAACUUCGGGUGAAUCCUCUAUCCCCUUCUCUAUCCCGCUUCACCCGACCCCGAAAACCUACCGCUCGCAGUCUUACUCUGUGGGCCAGCUUGAUCCUGAAUACUCGGGCUUGACAGCAGGCAAUAAAACCAACACUGCUUACCCUGGUGGCCGUUCUCGAAACGGUGGACAGUUCUCCGCCUUGCAGCAUCGCUCCUCUCGACCUAGCCUGCUUGGAGAGUUAGGCCACGAUCCCGCAACCCUUGGUCGCGUUCGUGAGGACGAGGAUGAUGAUGAUGCUGAGAGCCCUGGUGGGUCUGAUGGCAGCUACAGCAAUCUCAGCGCGGACCAAGCUCGCACCAUUCAGCAGCUCUCUCGCGAAAACGCCCUCCUGCGCCAAGCGGCUGGGCAGCUCGAACCUUCAUUCAGAGACCGCGCCAUGUCCACUGCAACGGCAACUAGCGGAUAUGCGGUUGGCGGCGGAAUUCGUAGCUCGCACCGCAUCCAUGGUAGCGUCCCCGAAGAAGCAGAUCUCGCAGUGGAGGAUCUGGAUGAGGUGGGCAGCAUCCCCGGCUACAAUGAUAUGUACAGCAACACCAGGAGAAGAUUUUCCGAGCACUCGGGCAAUUUAGAAAAGCAGUUUGCCGCCUACGCGCCUUUGGAGAAUCGUGGCAUGGGUAGGGCGCACUGGCAAACCUCCCUUGGCUUUGGUAGUCUUGCAGAUAUCCCCCAAAGUCGCCGUCACUCCUUCGCUGACAUAUCAACUCGCCAUCCUUCUAUCUCUGGCGAUACUCAGGUAGCCAGUAGCUCUCGGUUGACUGAACAGGAUGAAAAUUAUGCUAUGGGCGACACUUCGAAUGCAUCAGGCCAAAAUCGUGAGUACCAGCGCCUUGCUAUGCUCCCUCGCCCCGAGGAGGAACAUGAAUUGGAGACGGAGUAUUUACGAGCUCGUCGAUUUGCAGAGUCUUAUUUUGCUCGCGAUCCCUCUCUUCGCAGUGCCGCCGAGGCUCAAUCUCCGAUGACUCCUUCCUUUCAUCAGAGCUUCAACCCCUAUGGCCGCCACCAACCUGUACUUCCGCGUCAAAACCAGCUGCUUUACAUUGUCACGUUCAAGUGCCACCGUGCGGACGUCUUCUACAUCCAGGAAGAUACUGGUCUUGAAGUCAAACCUGGAGACCUGGUCAUUGUAGAAGCAGACCGUGGCACAGAUCUUGGAACUAUCCAGCAUGCCAACAUCUCCUUGCAGAAGGCGCGAGAAAUGAAACAGCAAUACGCCGAAGAGCACUACAAAUGGUUGAUGAUGUUCUCAAGGCAAGGUCAGAAUGGUGCUGCAGGUUCCGUUGGCACGCCGGGCAGUGUCCCUGGCUUGGGUAGCCGGAGCGCUAUUGGUGGCAUGGGACCCCAUGGCGCACUCGGCGUGCAGGAGUCUGCUGGUGAAAUCAAACCGAAGUUGAUCAAGCGACUUGCCCAGAACCAUGAAAUCUUGACUUUGCGCGAUAAGGAGGGAAAUGAAGCAAAGGCCAAGCGUGUUUGCCAGCAGAAGGUCGCAGAACAUCGACUCAACAUGGAGAUUCUUGACGCGGAAUUCCAAAUGGACUGGAAGAAACUUACUUUCUAUUACUUCGCCGACUCCUAUAUCAACUUCAACUCUCUUGUUACAGACCUUUUCAAGAUCUACAAAACUAGAAUUUGGAUGUCGGCCAUCAACCCGGCGUCGUUUGUCACACCUCCCACUGCCGGUCUUCAUAGCCCAAACCCCCUCGGUUAUGGUCAGGAUACCCCGGGAGACCGUUCCCACCAACGUGACGGCAGAGGCUUUGGUCACUCCCGUGACGGCCUGGAUGCUGGACGGGAUGGUAUUGGCCUUCUACGCAGUGGAUACGGUGACGCCUAUCAACAAUUUGGUCUUACUUCUCGUCAACCCGAAGCUGGUCUCCCAGUCGAUCCUUUUACCUCCUAUCAACCGGGUGGAUAUGGUUCCUUGGAGUACAACGAUUAUGCCACAACUUCAGGAGGCAACGCUGGUCCAUCUCCGUCCCACACACAACCUCCUCAAGAGAUCUCUUCCUUCGAACUUUUCCAGCUGCGACAACGACGACAAGCCGACGACCUCCACGCCGACAAGAUGGGUGCCCUCAAGUACGUUGAAGAGAUUCAAAAGAAGAAGCAGUCCGAUGUGAUUCGCUUCCUGCUGCGUGUCCGUUGCUGGGAGCUCCGUCAGCUGAACGCUAUCCACCGUGCUUCUCGUCCUUCUCGUCCCGACAAGGCCCGUCGUCUCGGUUACAAGGCCAAGCAGGGAUAUGUUAUCUACCGUAUCCGUGUCCGCCGCGGUGGCCGCAAGCGCCCUGUCCCCAAGGGUGCCACCUACGGCAAGCCCACCAACAUGGGUGUCAACCAGCUCAAGUACCAGCGUGCUCUCGCUGCUACCGCUGAGGAGCGUGUCGGUCGCCGUUGCGCCAACCUGCGCGUCCUGAACUCCUACUGGAUCAACCAGGACUCCACCUACAAGUACUUCGAGGUCAUCCUCGUCGACCCCCAGCACAAGGCCAUCCGCCGUGAUGCCCGCAUCAACUGGAUCUGCAACGCCGUUCACAAGCACCGCGAGGCCCGUGGUCUCACUGCUACCGGCAAGAAGUCCCGUGGUAUCAACAAGGGUCACCGCUACAACAACACCUCUUCCGGUCGCCGCCACACCUGGAAGCGCCAGAACACCCAGAGCUACUGGCGUUACCGUUAA